AUGAAUAUCUGCAAGUUAUGCAUCUUGAUUGAAAUUUUGGAAGGUACCAUUCUUAUAUAUAUAGCCCAAACCAUGCUGGUUCUAGCCACCUAGUAGUUAAUUGGCGAGUAUUAAAAAGGUUUUAUAUCAUUUUUAUUUUUUCAGCUCUCUAUUUAAACUAAUUUGAAAAAGCUAAAAUAAUUAUUAAACCUAAAAAAUAAAGUAAUACAAUUCAAAUACUUGAUAAUUUAUUAUUAACUUAUACCUAAAAUAAUAAUGAAAUUAUGUUUGAAAAAGGAUAUUACAAAUUUUGUGCUUAAAGUUCAAUAUCCUCACCAGAUUGCUAUAGAGUUAAACUUCAAAUACUCAAUUUAAUAGUUAAAUUUUCAUCUUUUUCUAAUUGUUUUAAAUAAUUCCUAUUUAAAAGUAAUUAAAAUAUUUUAAUUUAAAAAAAAAUGAACUCUAAAAUAACAUAAAUAAGAAAUGAAAACAACAAUUAAUUAAAGGUUUACAAGUGGGAUUCAUUCGAUAGAAAACUAACAAAGAUUAAUAUUCAAGUCUCUAUUAAUAAUAAUAAUCUAAUCAUUUUAUCUUUUUAAGAUAAUAUUUUAAGAAAGUACUUACAAGAUGAUUCAACUAAUUUUGAAAUAUUUUAAAAUAUGGAAUAGAUUAAAUAUUUUGAAUGGUAAGGUGAAUACGAACCUAACAAGAAAAAAAUUGGUAAAUGGAAGGCAACUUGGAAUGGGGAAGUAAUUUUAGAUGGUGGUUACUACAAGAAUGGAUUAAAGUUAGGUUUAUGGGAACAACCUAUAAAGAACUACAUGAGGUAAACAUGAAAUAAGAAAUUAAAAAUAGUAUAGCUUAAGUAUAUGAAGUUGGGGAAUACUUUAAUGAUUAAAAAACAGGAACAUGGAAAUAUAUAUAGAAUAAUAAAAACAUGUAUCAUUAUAAAAUGAAAUUUAAGUGGUGGUGGAGUAUUCAAUGAGUUAGGUUAGAAGAAUUAAAAAUGGGUUGAGUUAAGUGAUGGAUUUUGGGAUGGAUCCUAAAUCAUUUAUAUUGGAGAAUAUAAAAAUGGUAAUAAAGUUGGUAGAUGGGAUAUUGAGUUUAGGGAUGACAUUAAUACUGCAUUCUCUUUAAUGUAAACAUAUUAUAUAAAAGGCGGCAGUGGUGGUGGAUCAUAUGAUGAUGCAGGUGAUGAACUUAAGUUAGGUAAUUGGGUGGAAAUAAUUGAAAAUUUUGGGGAUUUCCCGUAUGUAAAGUAAAAUGGUGUCUAUAAAAAUGGUAAAAAAGUUGGUAGAUGGGAUAUUUAUUGGAAUUGGAACGGAAACUAAAAAAAAAUGUAAGAAAUUUUAUAUAGAAGUGGAACAUAAAGAGGUGGCGGAUUAUAUGAUGAUGCAGGUUAUGGACUUAAGUAGGGCAAUUGGGUUGAAAUAACUGAUAAUUUCUAGUAUAAUUCUUAAGUAACCUACAAUGGUGAAUAUAAAAAUGGUCAAAAAGCUUGUCGAUGGGAUAUUUGGUUAAAGUGCCCAUAUUCAAAUAAAUUAAAUGAAAAGAUGUAAAAAUAUAUUUUAUAGUUUUAUAAAAUUGUUAUUGAAAAAUUAUAUGACAUAGUGGGGGUGGAUAGUAUGAUAGUGCAGGAUAUGGUCUUAAAUAAGGUGAUUGGGUGGAAAUAUUGGAUAAUUUCUAUGAUGCACAAUUAACAUACAAUGGUCGAUAUAAAAAUGGGAAAAAAAUUGGUAUUUGGAAUAUUCAGUACAGAUACAGGCAAAGCGAUCCGUUCUAUAAGAUGUAAAAUAUAAUAUAAAAGUGGAUGACACAGAGCAGGUGGAUCAUAUGAUGAAAUAGGUAAUGAAAUUAAAUUUGGAGAUUGGUUUGAAAUAUCGGAUAAUUUCUAAGAUUCUUAUGUAACAUGCAAUGGUGGAUAUUAAUAUGGUAAAAAAGUUGGUAGAUGGAAUUUUAUGUAUGAAGGAGAUCAAAUGUAAAAAUUAUUACUAGUAGUGCUUAAUUAUUUCCACUACUAGAGGUGGCGGAUUUUAUGAUGAAGAAAAUAAUGGAGUUAAAAUUGGCCAAUGGAUAGAGUUAGAUUAAGCAUUUUUUGGUUGUAAAUAAGUUACUUAUCAUGGUGAAUAUCAAAAUGGUAGAAAAGUUGGGAAAUGGAAUAUUUUUGCUUGGGGAUAAUUAAUGUAAAUCUUAUUAUAUAAAAUAUCAGUGGUGGUGGAUUAUACGAUGAAGAAGAUGAUGCCAUUAAAAUUGGGUAAUGGAUAGAAUUGGAUGAGGCAUUUUCUGGUGAUAAUUAAAUCACUUUUCAAGGGGAAUAUAAAAAUGGUAGAAAAGUUGGGAGAUGGAAUAUUUAUGUUGGGCAAUAUUUAAUGUAAAUAAUAUUUUUAAACUGUUAGUGGUGGAGGAUCAUAUCACCAAAAUGGUGACGGCCUUAAGUUGGGUGAUUGGAUUGAAAUAUCUGAUGGAUUUUAGAAUUCCUCUUAAUCUACAUAUAAUGGUAAAUAUAAGGAUGGUAAAAAAAUUGGAACAUGGAGGAAAAUGAGAAGAGAUAUUAAUAAAAUGUAAGAAGGAUUUAUUACAGUAGAAGAAAUUAAAUAUGAUAAUUGA